GACGAGAUAAGUUCGCUUUUUCAAUGUUCUCUGCCUGUAUUGUGAUUAUCACGCUGUGCGUUCUGCUAAAAUGGCUGAAUAAGAUCAACGAGGAGUAUUACAUUCUAUCCUUCUUCGCGCGAAGAGUGCGUGCCAAGGAUGAUCGAUCCGUAGAGAGCAUUGCGCCUAUACCCAAAGGCCGCACAAUCUUUGGAAACUGUUUUGAUUUAUACGGAAAAGACGGCGUGGGUAUUUUUCAGUAUUCCCGCAUGUUGGCUAGGGAGAUGGGCAGCAGCUAUCUGAUAUAUUCCUUGGGCGCACCCAUAUAUAGCAUCAUCGAUCCUGUCAACGCUGAAUUUGUAUUGAACAAUGCGAGUCUUAUAACAAAGGCCACGAUAUACGACUUCAUGCAGCCAGCCCUGCGCACCGGACUGCUGACCUCCACAGGUAAAAAGUGGCAGACACGACGUAAGAUGAUAACGCCCACAUUCCAUUUCAAUAUAUUGGGUCAAUUUAUGGAAAUCUUUAAAGCGGAAAGUCAAAAGUUUGUGAGGCGAUUCGAGAAUCAAGAGGAGAGUGUUAUCUCAAUAAGUGAGCAUAUUCCCAGAUUUACGCUCAAUAGCAUUUGUGAGACCGCAAUGGGAAUAAAUCUGGAUGAUCUGACAGAGAAGGGCGAUCGUUAUCGUGAGAACAUAAAAAUGAUCGAGAAAUGUUUUAUAAAACGUAUUAGCAAUCCGCUUUACUAUAAUAAUACAAUGUACAAACUUCUUGCUGCCAGCGAGGAUGCGCCAUUUCUGAAGGUGGUUCAUGAAUUCUCUAGCGAUAUUAUUGCCAAACGUCGAGUUCUCUUAAAGGAGGAGCUAGACGAAAGACGUAAGAAUCAAUUGGCAGACGAUGACAUAUACAUCAACAAGAAACGGCGCUUUGCCAUGCUGGACACUCUUAUAUGUGCUGAGAAGGAUGGUCUGAUUGAUCAUGAUGGCAUCUGCGAGGAGGUCGACACUCUUAUGUUUGGAGGCUUCGAUACAACAUCUAUGAGCCUGAUCUUCACACUUAUGCAUUUGUCCUUGUACGAGGAUAUGCAGGAACUAUGCUAUCAAGAGAUAUCGCAGCACAUAGAUGAUCCCAGCGAUUUAGACACUAAUCAGCUGUCCAAUCUGAAGUAUUUAGAUCGCUUCAUAAAGGAAACAAUACGCAUGUUUCCUCCUGUGCCGACUAUGAGUCGACAGACAUUACACGAAACAGAACUGCCAAAUGGACUCAUCUUGCCUGCCCGUACGCAAAUAUCCAUGCACAUUUUUGACAUACAUCGCAAUCCCAAAUACUGGGAUUCGCCGGAAGAGUUUGAUCCUGAUCGUUUCUUGCCAGAGAACUCCGUAAAUAGGCAUACUUAUGCCUAUAUACCAUUUAGUGCGGGUCAGCGAAAUUGUAUUGGUCAAAAGUACGCAAUGAUGGAAAUAAAAACGCUAGUGAUAUUUAUUUUGAAGCGGUUUCAGAUUUUGCCCAUUACUGAUCCAAAGGAACUUAUUCUUCAUAGUGGCAUUACCCUAUGUGUUAAAAAUAAUAUUAAGGUAAAGCUAGUGCUGCGAAAAUAAAUUGGAAAAAAUCGAAA